CACUGAGAUCCGUCUGCCUAGGCAUAACGGAAGGCUGCACCUGUGUUUUCCCUCCGGUCGUGCUGCGUGUGCGUGUCCGUGAUAAGCCUGGGCGGUUCAUUUUCGUUGUUGCUGUUGUUGCUUGCCCCGAUCAAAGCCGCAUAAAGCCAACAAACAACCAACGACUGUGAAGUGGGUGGUUUGAUAAAACCCCCGGUGAAACAAAGUGCGCGGCGUAUGAGUGCCCCAUCGCGACCGAAACAGAUAAGAACGACGAACCCGCUUACACACUAACACGCAUUCAGGGCCGACGACACAGGGGUGGUGCUAGUUUUGUGCCGAGUGCCGGAAGAAAAUAAAAUGGCCGUAAUGCAGCGAACCGUCACCGUAAUGGUGGCACUGCUGGUCACGCUCGCCAGCGGACACUCGGAUACGACCAGCGUCCAUUUGACGAAGGACAACUUCCAGACGGAGCUCGAUGGCAGCAGCUACUUCGUCAUGUUCUACGCACCGUGGUGCGACUACUGCAAAAAGCUGGCCCCGGUUUGGGCCUCCCUGGCCGAGGCACGGAACAGUGAACCGGACGGACAGGUAAAGAUCGGUCGGGUCGACUGUACGACCGAUGGGGAUCUCUGCACGCAGCACGAUAUCACCGGCUACCCGAUGAUGAAGCUGUUCCGGAAGGGCGCAUCCGGUGGGGACGGUGGCACCAAGUACCGUGGUGGGCGGGAUCUCGCCCUGUUCAAUGCGUACCUGGACGAGCAGCUAUCGCUGGCGGGAGACGGUGCGAAGGGCACGGACGGGGACGAUGGCUCCCAGGAGGAUGGCAUGCCGGACGCACCGCCCGCACCCGUUUCGCCCCUCACCGAGCUAACGGAGGACACAUUUGCGAAGCACGUCUCCAGCGGGAAACACUUUGUGAAAUUCUACGCACCGUGGUGCGGCCACUGUACGAAGCUGGCACCGACCUGGGAAGAGCUGGCCCGCAGCCUCGAGCACGAGCGGGACAUUCGCGUGUCGAAGAUCGACUGUACGCAGUACCGGCCCAUCUGCACGGACUUCGAGGUCAAGGGUUACCCGACGCUGCUGUGGAUCGAGGAUGGGAAAAAGAUUGAAAAGUACACCGGUCCCCGCACGCACGACGAUCUCAAGCAGUACGUCGCCCGGAUGGCCGGCGGGCUGAAGGAGGACGACCAGGCGGAUAAGAAGGAGGGCACACUGGAGGGUGGUGCCGAGCGGGACGACAAUCGGUCGGUCGUGGUGCAGCUGAGCGAGGGUGACUUUGCGCACGCGAUCGCCAAGGGCGUGACGGUGGUAAAGUUUUACGCACCGUGGUGCGGACACUGUAUGCGGCUCGCCCCGACCUGGGAGCAGCUGGCGGAGAAGCUGGCCGCCCGGGACGACGUGAAGGUGGCCAAGGUGGACUGUACGGUGGACGCGAACAAGGAGCUGUGCGGCGAACAGGAGGUGAACGGCUACCCGACCGUCUUUCUGUACCACGAGGGCGAAAAGGUGACCGAGUACUUUGGCCACCGCUCGCUCGACGAUCUGCACGAGUUCGUGAUGCAGCAUCUGCAGGAUAAUGGGCCACACGAUGAGCUGUAAAACGGAACUGGCCGGCCUAGGAGGAAUCCGUUUCGCAGUCGUGCUGCAUUUACUUGUAACGUCGUUUUGCAGUUCAAGGGUUCGUUUCGAAGAUGUGCGUGCGUGUGCGUGUGUAUGAAUGAGGGGAAAUGAUUCUUCUUUAAGCUUUCAAUAAAGAGAGUUGCCCAUUA